GGACGAGGGUGGAGAAUGUAUAUCACCUAUGCCUCGACAUUUUAAAAAAAUGGCGACUGGAGCUGCGUCAAAUAAAAAAGAUAUGUAGCUGAUAACAAGUAACAUUACAUGUUAAAUCUGAAAGACAGCUAGGUUAAAUACAUGUAAACAAAAUGAGUGGUGGGCUUGUACCAAGCAAAAGUACUGUGUAUGUGGGGAAUUUACAAUUUUCAUUGACCAACAGUGAUGUACACAAAGUCUUCUCAAAGUUUGGUCAAAUUGUUAAAGUGACUAUACUUAGAGACAAAGUGACAAGAGAAAGUAAGGGUGUGGCAUUUAUUCAAUUUAUUGAUCGAGAUUCUGCAAUAAAAGCAUGUAAAGGAAUUAACGAGAAAGAGUUAUUUGGACGCAAGAUAAAAUGUGUUAUAGCAAAAGAUAAUGGCAGGGCUGCUGAAUUUAUUAAAAAGAAGGAGUACCCAGACAAGAGUUCGUGCUAUGAGUGUGGAGAAGAAGGACAUUUAAGUUAUGAUUGCCCAAAAAAUCUAUUAGGUAACAGGGAACCUCCACCGAAAAAGGAAAAAAAGAGUAAAAAGAAAAGGGAAGAAGAAAAAGACAGAAGCAAAAAAUUAAUACAAGACUAUUAUAAUGAUGAUGCGGAGGAAGAUACUGGAGAAGAUUUAUUUGAAUCAAGUUUGAGUUAUGUUAUUGAACAAGAAGCCAAACUUAACCAAGAAGGAUGGAGUCGAAAGAGAGAAAAUACUUUUGAUUAUACCGAAAAUGAAAAUACUCAUGAAAGUGAACCAGUUAUUAAAAAGAAAUUAAUAAAACCUUCAUCUUAUUUUAGUGAUGAGGAGGAAGAAGAUGAUGAGUAAAUGUUCAUGCAUUUAUUUUUGUAUAUUCUGGUUGCUCAAUAUAUGUGUUUCAUAAUCAUAA